AUGUCUGACGAGGAGCACGACGUUUUGCAAGGCACGACGGGCAGAGAAGAGGGUGGACUGAUCAUCAUGAAAAAAUCGUCUGCCGCUGAUGAGCCCCACACCUUCAAAAAACCAACAUCAACCUUCUUCACAAAUCACUCAAGAUUGGGACUUGAUAGAAUUGCGGCCGAGAAAAAACGGGAAAGUUCCGAUAUGGACAAACAGAAACUCGCAAGAACAUACAGGGAGAGAAUUGAUGAGACCCCGACGUACACAGGCGGAGUAAGUGAUGCAUAUUUGCAGAAGAGCAAAGAUAGAAGAGAUAGAGAUCGGGGUGUUUAUACUUCCUCCAAAGAUAAUAAAGAGAAGAAGCAAAACAGUUCGUCAUCCUCAUCGUCAACAUCAGUAACACAGACAACUAGUAGAGAGGAAACGUCAAAAGGUGAGAGUUAUAGGUCAAGUUCAAGGUCAUCUAGAAGGGGCUGGGAGGAGGAGACACCGAGGAAUAGAGGUCCAAUGACACCGAGGUUGUCAUCGUCAAAAGAGAUGAGCAGUGAAUUUAAUCAAAAUUACCCUUUACAACCUCUAGACACGCCUUCAAGAACGAACUGGGAUGAUGAUGAUUUGUCUUCUUCAUCAUCGGUGGUGAAAAAAUCAUCAUGGGAUGUACCGACACCAAGUUUGUCAUCAUCUUCGUUAUCAAAAAAAGGUGAUAGGCAAAAGGAAAGGUCUCGCCAUUCAGAUAGCGGCUACGUAAAAUCGUCAUUUUCAAAGUCGUCUUCUUCACGUAAAAAAACUCCAGCCCCGACACCAGCCUACAAGUACAACAACUGGAUGGAGAACGGAGGCAAGAAAGUGAGAUACACCCCGAGAGAGUUCAACAAGGAUGGUGGUGGCGAGAGAGAUGGUGAUGGGGGUGAUGGGAAGUUUAAUGGCAGUCAAGAUGAUGGUGAUAGAGAUUUUGAGAAAGAUGAGGAGCUGCGUGAGUGCGAGAUCCAGGCAGAUCGGCUCUGGUACAACAUGGACCAGGAGCAGGACCCUGGAUGCAUCGACGACACCGAGUACACCAGGAGGAAGGAACAGGAACUGGAAGUGAAGAAGAAGAAAAAAAUGUCUGCCCAACAGAGGCAGAUACAAAAAGAUAACGAAAUGUGGGAACUAAAUCGUAUGUACCGCAGUGGAGCUGUGAUCCGAUUGGACCAUGAGGAAGACUUUGACAACCAAUCAGAAGCGAGGGUUCACUUGCUGGUCCACAACAUUGUUCCUCCAUUCCUCGACGGAAGGAUAGUUUUUACCAAACAGCCGGAACCCAUAGUGCCACUGAAGGAUCCGACUUCAGACAUGGCAGUUGUCUCUCGCAAGGGCAGUGCUGUCGUCCUCCAACAUCGAGAACAGAAGGAGAGAAAGAAGGCUCAGAAGAAACAUUGGGAGCUGGCCGGGAGUAGGAUCGGAGACAUCAUGGGGAUCAAGAGGGAAGAGGAAGAGGAAAAGGACAAAAGCGAUUCGGUGGAUUACAAAUCGGACCAAAAAUUUGCCGAACACAUGAUCAAUAAUAAAUCAGAAGCUGUUUCAGAAUUUGCCACCAGCAAAUCCAUCAAACAGCAGCGAGAAUUUCUGCCCAUUUUUGCCGUCAGACAGGAGCUGUUGAAAAUAGUGCGAGAAAACAGUGUGGUGGUCAUCGUCGGGGAGACAGGCUCUGGAAAGACAACUCAACUAACACAGUACCUGCACGAAGACGGCUACACGGAUUACGGGAUGGUGGGAUGCACGCAGCCAAGGAGGGUGGCCGCCAUGUCGGUCGCCAAGCGAGUGUCCGAGGAGAUGGGAGUGCCUCUAGGCGAGGAUGUUGGUUAUGCCAUCAGGUUCGAAGACUGCACUAAUGAGACGACCACGUCAUCUUCACUCCGUCACCAUUACGACGCAAUCUACAAUGACGUCAUUGCAGGGGACAUGCUGAUAUUCAUGCCUGGACAAGAGGACAUUGAAGUUACAUGUGAAUUGAUUGCAGGUAUGGACGCUCUUCAGAUAUUUCCUAUCAGUCAGGCAAAUGCUAAUCAACGUAGUGGAAGGGCAGGCAGGACUGGUCCCGGGAUGUGCUAUCGACUGUACACAUCGCGUCAGUACAAGGAGGACCUGAUGACGGUGACCGUGCCCGAGAUACAGAGGACCAACCUCGCCAACGUCGUACUUCUACUCAAGUCCCUCGGAGUCCAGGAUCUACUACAGUUUCAUUUCAUGGACCCCCCACCUGAGGACAACAUAAUGAAUUCAAUGUACCAGUUGUGGGUGCUUGGAGCCCUGGACAAUACGGGGUCUCUCACGCCCCUAGGAAGAAACAUGGAGGAGUUCCCGCUUGAUCCUGCAUUAUCAAAAAUGCUCAUCGUCUCCACCGAAAUGGGUUGCAGCCAGGAGAUAUUGACCAUCGUCUCAAUGCUUUCCAUCCCCGCCAUCUUCUUCCGCCCAAAAGGGAGAGAGGAAGAUUCAGAUCAGGCCAGGGAAAAAUUCCAAGUACCGGAAAGCGACCACCUGACCCUGCUCAAUGUCUACAACCAGUGGACCAAGAAUAAUCAUUCCGCCACCUGGUGCACAAAACAUUUCAUCCAUGUCAAGUCUAUGAAGAAGGUACGUGAAGUUAGACAGCAGUUGAAGGAUAUAAUGGAACAGCACAAGAUGGCAUUGAUCUCGUGUAGCAGUGAAUGGGAUAUCGUCAGGAAGUGCAUCUGCUCGUCCUAUUUCCAACAGGCUGCCAGAAUAAAAGGACUCGGUGAGUACGUGAGUCUGCGAACGGGCAUGCCCUGCCAUCUCCACCCCACAAGUGCCCUCUUCGGCAUGGGCUACACCCCCGACUAUAUUGUCUACCACGAACUCGUCAUGACUUCCAAAGAGUACAUGCAGUGUGUAACGGCUGUGGAUGGGCAAUGGCUGGCUGAACUCGGUCCCAUGUUUUAUAGCGUGAAAGAUUCAAACAAGUCCAGGACAGAGCGACGUAGGAUGGCCGAAGAUCACAUGAAUGACAUGGAAGAUGAGAUGAAGAGAGCUCAAGAUCAGCUGACGGCCAGGAGGGAAGAAGUUGAACGUUCCCUUGCUUUAAAUUUCAAAACAACGCCGAUAAUAACUCCUGGCAAGAGGGAUUCAGCCACACCACUGAUAAAUCCAUUGACGAAAAAAAGAGGAAGAUUUGGACUGUAAUUGUUUCUUUGUGCAUUUGUGAAUAGAACUUUGUUGAAAACUUAUAAAAUUAUGUAUACACACACAAACUCUUUUUAUCUAUAAAUAAAUUUUUAUUGAAACUAAUAAACGAAUGU